CGAAUCUUUCAUGCACCUCAACCAAUAUAUACAUACACAUAUACUUACACAUCUGCCUUCUAUCUCGUCUUCUCCGAACAAGUUUCAGAAGCAAAGGAAACUGACAGACAUGGAAGCUUCACCGACCAUAGGCGUUUAUCCACUUCAUCGUUCCAAGAUCAUUCAUCUGGUUCGACAUGCUGAAGGGAUUCAUAACGCGGCGGGAGAGGAGGAUUACAGUGCAUAUUCUUCAGAAGAAUAUGCAGAUGCACAUAUCACCCCUCUUGGUUGGCAACAGGUGGAUGCUUUGCGGAAGCAUGUCAAAGCAACUGGACUCUCGAAGCGGGUCGAACUGGUCGUUGUUUCCCCAUUGCUAAGAACCUUGCAAACAGCUGUUGGAGCUUUCGGGGGUGAAGAAUAUACAAAUGGAGUCGAUGUACCACCAUUGAUGGUGGCCAAUGCAGGGAACAGUGGCCGUCCGGCAGUUUCAAGCUUAAAUUGCCCUUCUUUCUUAGCUGUUGAGCUAUGCCGAGAAAUUAUUGUUGAUCAUCCUUGCGACCGGAGAAGAAGUGUCACAGAGUACCAGGCUUUGUUUCCCUCAAUCGAUUUCUCAUUGAUCGAAAGUGACCGGGAUUUUCUAUGGAAGCCUGGACAGAGAGAGAGCGUCCAAGAAGCUGCAGCAAGAGGAGUUAAGUUCAUUAACUGGUUAUGGACAAGGAAAGAGACGGAAAUCGUCGUUGUUUCUCACCGCGGAUUCUUACGCGCCCUGUUGAGUUCUUUCGGGAACGAUUGUCACACCGAUACAAAGAAAGAGAUGUCUACACGCUUCGUGAACUGCGAGCUACGUUCCAUUGCUAUCAUCGAUAGAGGAAUGAUAGGGACAGGUUCUUCGACGACGAACUAUCCGGGGAAGACCCCUCAAGGACUUGGCCUUGCAAGCGACGACGUUGCAGAAGAAAAGAUGGACAAAGAGAAUGCAUUAAACAACACAUCAUGAGUUUCCUAACUAACCAGUUUCCGACAAAAAGCCCAUCAAUGGAUUCUAGCCUUUGUAAUAAAAGUGUGGAUUAUAUUUUCUUGGGAUAUAAUGAAAUUUGGGUGGAUAUUUUUGUUUU